UCCUUUUCUUUCUUUCCGGUGUCGGCGGAGAUCCUUUCGGAACUACAUCGGCGGUCACAAUGCCAGCCCUCCGACCACUCAAGAAGCCCAAAAUCGUCAAGAAGAGAACUAAGAAGUUCAUUCGCCAUCAAUCAGACCGAUAUGUCAAGAUUGCGAAAAACUGGCGCAAGCCCAGAGGUAUUGACAACAGGGUCCGCAGGCGGUUCAAGGGGCAGAUGCUGAUGCCCAACAUUGGUUAUGGUAGCAACAAAAAGACAAAGUAUAUGCUCCCAAGUGGCUUCAAGAAGUUCCUGGUGCGCAACGUCAAAGAACUGGAGGUUCUGAUGAUGAGUAACAAGACUUACUGUGCGGAGAUCGCCCACAACGUCUCGUCAAAGAACAGGAAGGUGAUUGUGGAGAGGGCAGCUCAGCUGGCCAUCAAGAUCACCAACCCCAAUGCCAGGCUCAGGAGUGAGGAGAAUGAAUAAAAUGGAUGUUCAUAAUAAAUACUUUCAAAAAGAA